GGUCACUGUGCAUGUCACCGUGAACUGUCAAAAGAUCGUUUUUGUAAACAAAGUGGUAAAACGUAAACAAAACAAUAUCCUUUGCAAUGUUCCCUUACAAAUGUGCUAAAUAAAGACAAAUUUCAAUAAAAACUCAGCUUUUUCCUGUCUUAUCAUGUAACGUGAGGCAUUAUUCAGUGUCAGUGAUGUAAGUUCAUGUACGGAAGAUGGUUUCAAAGCGUAAUUCUGGUUUCAUCCUGAACAGAUCGUGAGAAUCUCUAAAGGUACGGGAAAAGGCUUCCGAACUUCACAAAGCAUACCUUCGAAAUGGAUUACAAUAUAAGCCGAUUGUGCCGUGUGUGCCUGGAGGAGGGAGUAUUUACAUCGAUCUUUAGCACCGAGUUGGUUCCAAUGGCACCGGCCAAUAUGCUCGUAAUGUGUUCGAACGUGAAGGUAUCGAGAGAUGAUGGUUUACCUAGUACUAUUUGCAACAACUGCAUGUACCGGCUAGGGGUGGCGUUUCAUCUUAAGCAACAGUGUGAAAAUUCUGACAUGAGACUGCGCCAAUACAUGAACGGAGGCUCUACUAUGAACUACAGCUAUACGAUGGAGAAAGAAACGAUGACGGACGAUUCAUGGCUGCUGUCGGGAAUGGAACAUAAAGUCGAUGACCAUAAAACAAACGAAAAAAAAUCGAACAGUAGAAAAAGAUACAGACCCAAACUGCCAGAAGAACGCAAGAAGAGAGGACCGAAACCAAUGCCGAAGAUACCGCAAACAUGCUACCAGUGUCACAAAUCGUUCAAAUGUGCCGCUCAGCUACAAAUGCACCUAAGGACACAUUCCGGUGAGAAACCGUACGCGUGCAACAUUUGCCCACGACGAUUCGCUCAAAAGCACAACCUUGCCAUCCACGUGCGUACGCACACCGGCGAGCGGCCGUAUCAGUGUGAAAUCUGUAGCAAACAAUUCUCAGCGCUCGGGAACUUUCAGGCGCACAAAAAAAUACACACCAACGAACGAGACCACGUAUGUCCAUCGUGCAACAAAGGAUUCAUCACAUCCGGUGAUCUUACGCGGCACAUGAUCUCACACUCGGGCAUUAAAAACUAUCACUGUGAUAUCUGUGCCAAAAGCUUUAGCCGCAACCGCGACAUGAUGGCACACAAGCGAAAGAUGCAUCUGAACGAGUGUGGCAACGAAAGCUACAAAUGUCACGAGUGCCACAAAGUGUUCGCUACGCUAAACAAUCUAAACGGUCACAUGAGGGUACAUGCGCCGGAUGUGAAUGUUUCGGUAGAGGAUCCAGUUGGUGGACUGAUGCCACCAACACAAGCACAACAACAACAGCAGCAGCAUCAGCAACAUCAACAGCAUCAGCAGGUUCCAGUGGCAAUUGCACUCGCACCACACGGACUCGGACCACCGGGACCGCUCGGUGUUGGUUUGGGUAUGUUACCGUAUCCUUCCUCCCACGUCGCAACACAUCCACCUGCACAGGUAGGUUACCAUAGCCAGAUGCAUCCGUCCCAACGGUUGCAUCCGUACUGAAAAAUCCCUAAAGCCAAAACUCCACUAUCAUCACAUCAUGGAAAGAAAGAAAAAAAAAACACACACGCAACAACAGUUUACAUCACACGAUUGCAUUACAUCAUUUUUGUAUUUAUUUAGCUUAUAAGGAAUAAAAAUUUGUAUUUGCAGAUAAAAGA